AGAGGCGAUGGAAGGCGGGGCGGUUGGGUGGGAAUAUGAACGCGGAGACGCUUAACUGCCAGCUCGAGCUCUAGAGUACGUAAACUCACGAGCCGAAGAGACUCCUGCUUCAGCCUUCCUGCUGAACAGAAGAUAGCCAGUCCAGUGUGACGGAGUGCGCGUGACAUAUCAAACAUGUCCCAGCAGGCAACGAAUGGGGUCCCGUGCAGGGGCAAGGUGCUUACUUUGGACAACAUGAACCCCAAUGUGAAGCGGGUCGAGUACGCGGUCCGUGGUGCUAUAGUCCAGCGGGCUGUUCAGAUAGAGAAGGAGCUGAAAGAGGGAGUCAAGAAACCUUUCACAGAAGUCAUAAAGGCUAACAUAGGCGAUGCCCACGCCAUGGGUCAGAAACCAAUCUCAUUUUUCAGACAGGUCCUGGCUCUGUGUUCUUACCCUGAACUCCUGGAAGACAACAAGUUUCCAGAGGAUGCCAAGCAAAGAGCGCGGCGUAUUCUCGAGGCCUGUGGAGGCCACAGUAUAGGGGCCUACAGUGCUAGCCAGGGCAUUGAGUGUGUUCGUCAGGAUGUGGCGCGCUACAUAGAGAAGAGAGAUGGUGGAAUCCCCUCCAACCCUGACAACAUCUACCUCGCCACUGGAGCCAGUGAUGCCAUUGUGACCAUGCUAAAGUUGCUGGUAUGUGGCGAAGGCCGUGACCGGACAGGAGUGAUGAUCUCCAUCCCCCAGUACCCUCUGUACUCGGCCGCAUUGGCAGACCUGGGAGCCGUUCAGAUCAGUUACUAUCUGGACGAGGACAAGUGUUGGAGUCUGGAUGUCACAGAGCUCAAGAGAGCAGUCAAUGCAGCCAGACAGCACUGCAAUCCCCGCGUCCUCUGCAUCAUCAACCCCGGAAACCCCACUGGUCAGGUCCAGAGCAGACAGUGCAUCGAAGAUGUGAUCCGCUUUGCUAAAGAGGAGCAUCUCUUCCUCAUGGCUGACGAAGUCUACCAGGAUAAUGUGUAUGCAGAGGGCUGUAAGUUUCACUCCUUUAAGAAGGUGUUGUUUGAGAUGGGACCAGCUUACUCCAGUACAGUGGAGAUGGCCUCCUUCCACUCUACCUCCAAAUGCUACAUGGGAGAGUGUGGAUUCCGUGGAGGCUACAUGGAAGUAAUUAACAUGGACCCUGAUGUAAAGGUCCAACUUACAAAACUGGUGUCUGUGCGUCUUUGCCCCCCCGUUCCCGGACAGGCUCUCCUUGACCUGGUGGUCAACCCCCCGCAGCCUGAUGAGCCUUCCUACAACACGUUUAUAAAGGAGCGGACAGCGGUGUUGGCAGCUUUAGCAGAGAAGGCCAGGUUGACGGAGCAGAUCUUCAAUAAAGUACCUGGCAUCACCUGUAACCCUGUGCAGGGGGCCAUGUACACCUUCCCCCGCAUCGCUCUACCGCAGAAGGCCAUCGACAAGGCAAAGGAGGAAGGCCAGGUCCCAGACAUGUUCUACUGCAUGAAGUUGCUGGAGGAGGAGGGUAUCUGCCUGGUGCCAGGUAGUGGUUUUGGCCAAAGAGAGGGAACCUUCCACUUUAGGAUGACCAUCUUGCCUCCUACGGAGAAGCUGGAGAUCGUACUGCAGAAGAUCAGUGCCUUCCACGUGCGGUUCACACAAGAGUUUUCAUAACUAUCAGGAGACCAACUCAAUCAGUGCCAGUAUCUUUAAGUGCCUAUGUGUGAAGGAGGCAGCAGUAAGGCUGCAGUCAAUAG